GAAAAUAAUUAUACAUUGGGCCCAUUAUUUUAAAUAACCUUCAUCGGCCCAGUUUGUGUGUAAACAGUUAUGAUCAGAUCCAGACCGUCCAAAAAUAGGGAGGGGUGACUCUCGAACACGAUGCUCUGAAGACUGAAAAAGGCGUAAACUUUUUUCACCUGGCUAGGGUUCUUGGUCGUCGUUAACUGGCAUCUAGUAUGGCUUUCUGCACUAAACUUGGCGGUCACUGGAAACAAGGGGUAAAUGUUCCAGUGUCAUCAAUGCUCGGUUCUCUUCGCUACAUGUCCACAAAACUUUAUAUUGGUGGCCUGUCCCCUGGAACUGACGAGCACUCCUUGAAGGACGCUUUCUCUAGCUUCAAUGGAGUGACAGAGGCAAGAGUCAUGACAAACAAAGUGACCGGGAGGUCUAGAGGUUAUGGAUUUGUUAACUUCAUAAGCGAGGAUUCUGCCAACUCUGCUAUUUCAGCAAUGAAUGGACAGGAGCUGAAUGGGUUUAACAUAAGUGUGAACGUUGCAAAAGAUUGGCCAAGUUUGCCAUUGUCUUUGGAUGAGAGUAUAGAAGAAGCUGAGAAGAAAGAAAAUAAGAUGAUGAGCCGAUCUGUAUGGAAAGAUCCAUUCGUUGAUGCGUUCCUGAUGAAGAAGAAGAAUGCAGCUCUGAACAGGAAAAUAUGGUCAAGGAGAUCGACGAUUCUUCCCGAGUAUGUUGAUUCGGCGGUGAGAAUCUACAACGGCAAAACUCAUGUGCGUUGUAAGAUCACAGAGGGGAAAGUUGGGCAUAAAUUCGGAGAGUUUGCGUUUACAAGAAAAGUGAAGAAGCAUGCUAAAGCAAAGUAGCAUCUUUGAGAAUGAAUUGGUCAGCUGCUUGAAAGGAUUGUGUUGAAAAGCCAAAAACGAAUCAAAUCAAUAAAUUCUCAAUAGGUAAAACUCAUUAGCUCACAUGAUCAUGUAGACGAAUAUUGAGCUUUAGAAAGUCUUUAGUUUUCUUGUCGAUUUCGUAUUUUUGGACCACAAAAGUGCCAAUGUUAUUUUGGAAUUCGAUUAACAAAUAUCAAUUGUGGAGCUUCAAUAACCAAACGAACGAUGCACCUCCAUAGUGCUUGUUCAAGAACUUGUAUUGUUUAUAUACAGAAGCAAGCCAAUGGGGCCAUGUUGAGUAUUCUAUUCGAUC